GAAACAUUCAAUAUGGCUGCUACAAGACUGUCGCCAGUAUAAACGUAUUAGCAUUUAGAUCUAGUCACGAAGAUAAAACAUUACUCCCUCUCCCCUGUGUGAUCAACCUUUGACCUCUUCACUUUAACUCUAUUAAAGAGUGUUGAAUGUGAAGUAAAGGUCAAGGUUAUUUCAAUCAAUCAGCUGCCACAGUUGACCAUAAGACUACAGUAAAGGCCAGUAGAGAUCUGUCACAUCAAGUUACAGAAAUCAACUUGGAUAGUCUAGAUGACCACAACAGUAUGGCCAGUGGAGAGUAUAGUCUAGAUGACCACAACAGUAUGGCCAGUGGAGAGGAUAGUCUAGAUGACCACAACAGUAUGGCCAGUGGAGAAGACAUCUCAACAUAUUUUACAGGUACACAUGAAGUACAAGAAUGUCUUGAAGGUCAAGAUGAGGCAGAUCUACACACACACCUGGCAAACUGCAAGAAAAAUCCUGGCCAUAAAAACUUUGUACCUGUAAAUCAGUUAAGUCUUGAACAUUUUCCUUCUGGCUACCAUGACAACGAUGUGUAUGACCUCACAAAAGCCAUGGCUGACCUAACUGUGAGGAUAGCUGUUAAGUUGACCAGUCCAGACAGACCAGAGUUUGUACCAGGCACUAAAGAUCCAUAUCCUUGCUACAACACCAGGGGACAGAACUCACUGAGGACAGGGACUGGGAGGGUGAGAUGGGUGAUCAAGUACACAGAGGGGAUGGACCAGACAUACAGGAGGACCUACAGAACUUGUCCAUGUCCUGAAUGUGACCACUCGGACACACCCAGCAAAGUGUGGUGGAAGGUUGAUGUGGUGACAGCCAAACAUGUGGUUUUUGAUGAGAGUGAGGCGAGACAGUCCAGCUGUAGGUUGUGGUUUGAUGAGGAGAAUUGUCCCGUUGUCAACAUUUAUGGGUGGAAGGUAGGUUGGUCAGAUUCUGAGGGAGACAAGUGCAUGCUGUGUUGUGUGACACAUGACGUAGAUGUAGCUGAUAAACUGGAGGAGAUGGUCAAGCGGUUUGAUAGUCUUCGUGAAAAAGGAAGUGACAAAUUCAACAUGGACAAGCUGACCAUUAUAGUGUCACAUCCUCAUGGCUGUUCUAAGCAGAUCUCUGUAGGUCACUUCGUACACAGGCAGGUGGUGGGGGGUGGCUCGACCAGGUACACGUACACAACGUGUACCUGUCCAGGUAGCAGUGGGGCUAUGAUCUACAAACUGGGGUGGGGCUGGGGGUACGGCUCUAACCACCCCCACAGUGGAGCUAACACUGGUGGUUUAAAUUAUAGUGGGGUGUGGGCUGACUUAUUUUUGUAAUUGGCUGCUCUUUUCUACAAUGUAAACAAACAUGGCGUCUGUUGGAUGUCUGUCUUUUCUAGAAUGUAAACAAACAUGGCGCCUGUUGGAUGUCUGUCUUUUCUAGAAUGUAAACAAGCAUGGCGGUGUUGAUUGUUGGCUGUUUUCUGUUUGACAUAUUAUUGUUGACUAAUUCUUUAAAAUGUGAAAUUAAUUCUUCACCAUAAUAAAGUAUAAUUGUGAUUUA